UUAAUCAUAUUUAAUUCUACGCUUAAUUUUCCAAGAAAUUGAACCGCACUGUACUUUCCUGCCUCGUUUUCUCCCUUCUCUCUUUUGACUGUUUCUCUCUCUACCUCUCUCUCUCUCUACAUAUAUAUAUAUAUAUACAAAAACCUGUGUCUCUGUGUAUCAUGCACGCAAGCACACACACUGAGAGUGUAACUGCGCGUUGAUUUUUGUUUUCAUAGGCUUUGGAAUUUCCUGUUCGCUCCGUUGUUUGAUAAAACUUUCUGUAAGGUUUGAUAAAUUGGAGAAAAAUUAAAAAUUAUGGGAGGAAAGAUGGUGGUAGAUACGGCGAUGGAGUUUCUAGUGCCGUCGUGGUGGGAGGUGCAAGUCACGCUGGCGGCGGCGGUGUUCAUGGUGGUGUCGUACUGGUUCUUCACUCUCGACGGCGAUGGAUGUGGCUUCCGCGAUGAUCGGGCGUUCGCCGAUGGUUCCGCCGCCGAUGGGGAUGCGAUUGACGACAAGUACAAGAUGGGCCAGUUUAAAGGAGAUCCUCAAACUAAUUCUGCAUAUUUGAUUAAGGUGGAGCUGUUAGCAGCAAAGAAUCUUAUUGGGGCGAAUUUGAAUGGGACAUCAGACCCUUAUGCAAUUAUCACUUGUGGUUCAGAAAAGCGCUUCAGUUCUAUGGUUCCUGGCUCAAGAAAUCCCAUGUGGGGGGAGGAGUUCAAUUUUUCUGUUGACGAGCUUCCUGUGGAGAUUAUUGUCACAAUUUAUGAUUGGGAUAUAAUUUGGAAAAGUGCAGUUCUCGGUGCGGUGACCAUUCCUGUCGCAGAUGAAGGUCAAACCGGUGCUGUGUGGUAUACUUUGGACAGUCCAUCGGGGCAGGUCUGUCUUCAUAUUAAGACGCUCAAACACCAAAUGAAUUCUCCCAGGGGUUUGAAGGGCUAUGCUGGUGCUACCACUCGAAGAAGGACUUUGGAUAAACAAGGACCUACAGUUGUUCAUCAGAAACCUGGGCCACUGCAAACUAUUUUUAAUCUUCUCCCAGAUGAGGUUGUUGAACAUAGCUAUUCUUGUGCACUAGAGAGAUCAUUUUUGUAUCAUGGUCGGAUGUACGUAUCAGCAUGGCAUAUUUGCUUUCAUUCGAAUGUUUUCUCAAAACAAAUGAAGGUAAUUAUACCUUUUGGAGACAUAGAUGAGAUAAGGAGGAGCCAACAUGCUUUCAUAAAUCCAGCUAUUACAAUAAUUCUUCGGAUGGGUGCUGGAGGGCAUGGUGUGCCUCCUUUAGGAAAUCCUGAUGGUAGAGUCAGAUACAAAUUUGCAUCUUUCUGGAAUAGGAAUCAUGCACUGAGAGGUUUACAGCGUGCAACGAAGAACUACCACGACAUGCUAGAAGCAGAGAAGAAGGAGAAAGAACAGUCUGCAUUGCGUGCACAUAGCAGCUCUAUCAGAGGCAGCAGAAGGCAAUCUAAGAUUUCUGAGGAGUGUGUGGUCAAGACUGAAAAGUUUCAACCGUUCAUCAAGGAGGAAGUGCUUUCUGAAAUUUAUAAUGAUACAUUUCCCUGCAUGGCGGAGCAAUUCUUUAAAUUUUUAUGGGAUGAUGGUUCGUCCUUCCUAAAUGAGUAUCGCAACAUCAGAAAGGAUUCGAACCUCGUCAUCGGUCAGUGGCAUGCCGCUGAUGAAUAUGAUGGACAAGUGAGAGAAAUUACAUUUAGAUCCUUGUGCAACAGUCCAAUGUGCCCGCCCGAUACAGCUAUGACAGAGUGGCAACAUGUUGUUUUAUCAGCAGAUAAAAAAAUAGUGGUGUUUGAGACUGUACAACAGGCGCAUGAUGUUCCAUUUGGAUCGUAUUUUGAGAUCCACGGUAGAUGGUCGCUCGAGUCGAACUCCGAGUCUUCUUGCAUCUUGAAUAUUAAAGUUGGUGCACAUUUCAAGAAAUGGUGUGUGAUGCAAUCCAAGAUUCGAUCCGGUGCCAUCAAUGAGUAUAAGAAAGAGGUGGAUAUAAUGUUAGAUGUGGCUCGUUCGUAUAUUCAGUCGAAGACCUCUACUAGUGAGUUCGAAACUAUCGCACCAUCUCCACUUGCCGUUCAAGAAAAUAGAUAACCUGGCUGGUAUUAUUGCAAAUCACCAACAGGAUGCUCGAUUCAGGAAAGUUGCUCACAGUUUUGUUUCUUGUGUACGUACGUAGUAGUGUAUGAUAACGUUCCUCUAAAAGCUGUCUGUAAUCACCUGUCUAAUUAUUGCAGCUCUUCGAAAAUCCCAUAAUGUAUGUAUGUAUAUUUAUAUAUGCACCCUUUUGAGUGGUGGUGCUCUUCUGUGUAAAAUAUGUGCAAUACAGUUUACUCAUUGUAACAGAAUUAUAAUUAUAUACCUA